AGGGGUCCGGCGCGGGCUGCUGCUCUGCCAUCGGCUCCCCGCGCGCAGGUCUGCGGGGAGGGGCGGCCUGCUGAAAGGCCCACCCCGGGGCGUUCCUGAAGGGCGCCUCGGCCGCCCCUCACCGCCCCCCAGAUGUACUAUGCGGUUUCCCAGGCGCGCGUGAACGCGGCCCCCGCGACCAUGCUUCGGCCACAGCGGCCUGGAGACGUGCAGCUCGGGGCCUCCCUGUACGAGCUGGUGGGCUACCGGCAGCCGCCCUCCUCCUCCUCCUCCUCCACUUCCUCCUCCUCCACGAUGGCCCCCCUCCUCCCCAAGGUGGCGCGCGAGAAGCCGGAGGCGCCAGCCGAGCCGCUGGGCACAGGAUCCGGGCCGGGUGCGCACGCGGGCGGAGGCUCCCGGGCGGACGCCAAAGAAGAGCAGCAACAGCAGCUGCGGCGCAAGAUCAACAGCCGCGAGCGGAAGCGCAUGCAGGAUCUGAACCUGGCCAUGGACGCGCUGCGCGAGGUCAUCCUGCCCUACUCCGCGGCGCACUGCCAGGGCGCGCCCGGCCGCAAGCUCUCCAAGAUCGCCACGCUGCUGCUCGCCCGCAACUACAUCCUGCUACUAGGCAGCUCGCUGCAGGAGCUGCGCCGCGCGCUCGGCGAGGGCGCUGGGCCCGCUGCGCCGCGCCUGCUGCUGGCCGGCCUGCCCCUGCUUGCUGCCGCGCCCGGCUCUGUGCUGCUGGCGCCCGGCGCCGUGGGGCCGCCCGACGCGCUGCGCCCGGCCAAGUACCUGUCACUGGCGCUCGAUGAGCCGCCGUGCGGCCAGUUCGCGCUCCCCGGCGGCGGUCCGGGCGGCGGCGCGAGCAGCCCCGGCCUCUGCACCUGCGCCGUCUGCAAGUUCCCGCACCUCGUCCCGGCAGGCCUGGGCCUGGCCGCGGUGCAGGCGCAGUUCUCCAAGUGAGGGCUGGCCCGGGCCCGGGACGCAACCUCCCCCCCGGCUUCCCGCCGCCCAGCUUCUGCGGGCCCCGAGCCGCCGAGCAAGGAGGGCAUUUCGAAACUUCUCCCCCAGAUAAAGGGACUGUUGGGCGCCCCCUUCCCAGCCCCCACCCCGGGGAAGUUAAAGUGACCCUAGCAGAUGUUCGACGGCGCGUGGGGGCUGUUUGGGGUUCUGAAUCGAUUCCAGCUGCUUUGGGCAGCAAGUGCGCGCUCUCACUGCCACUAUCACCCAGCGCCUGUCUCUCCCGGUUCCUGGAGCCGUGCGCUUCGCAGGGGUGGUGUGGAUUUUGGGGUGCCGUGCUCGCACGAGGUGCGGCGGCAGGCCAGCCUCGAGCACGACUGCUUACUGAGGGGACAUCUACCCAGCUAGAGGACCAACGGGCUGCUCUCAGAGGGCGUGGGGUAGGCGUGGGAGUGUUUCCUUCUGCCCAGCCAGAGGUCACAGGCGUCCUGGUUCCCAGCAGCCAAGCCCUGUUAGAGGAGGCUGCCGGACCUCAGGAAGCCGAAAAAGAUCAGUUAUUCGGUACAGACGGUGUCGAGCGUAGCAGACGAAACGACCCUCAGCGGCUGGACGAUUGGCAUCGCAGUGCCGCGGGAGGGGGAAUGACAACUCCUGGGUCGAUGGGUGUGCUGGGUUGUAAAGUCCGAUUUUGUACCCCCACUAUUAGAGUGCAGUUUUUGAGAAUCGCAUAACCGGGUGUUUUGUUGCGGACGUUAUUCGCUCCUAAAUCCUGGGGUCUUCUUAGAAGGACAGUUUAGAACUCGAGAUUCGCCAUUUUGCACCCCCACCCCACCCCCAAAGGUAGCGUAACCAACGUUGGAGCUUGCUUAAAACCAACCACCUUUCCCGCAGACCGGGUUCCCGCUGUACUAAAAUAGGUAGCAAUGCGCUCCCGGUUGACCUCUUGUCGGAAAGCAAGACCUCUAAUUAACGUUGUGUCUCAUCAAGAGACGUGGAGGGGGACCGGGAGCCCCACACCGCAGGCAGCUCGGAGGGUCCCCGCUGCGGUGGCCACCGCAGGAUGGCGUUUUCUGCGCUGUCCCUUCGCGUGCGGGGUCUUUGACCAGCGCGUGGGGCAGAUCUUCCAGCCGCUUUGCGACUGAAGAACUACACGGAUGACCGGUCUUGAUUUGUUACAGACGUUAACAAAUUACUUCAUCCAAGAUAUUUUUAUAAUCUUUCAUCAGCUUGCUUUGAAUUUCGUGUCUGAGGUUUUUGGUUGCUGGUAGUAGCCGAAUUUAACUGGCUUUUAUUUUUUUUCCUCUCUCUAACUUUGGUUGCGCUGUGAAGAAUCAACAAAAUAAACAUUUAAAGACCUUA